AUGGAAGAACCUCAGGAUUUGCCGCUUUCCAUAAUUGAGUCUGAUGGAGCCAAAGACAAGAAUCCAAAUGGUGAUACAGAGUCUGAUGCAGCCAAGAAAACAGAUCCCAAUGGAAAUACCGGUGAUAUCCCGAAUGAAGAAAGCCCUGAAAUCAAGAACAGAAGGAGACAUCAACGUUGGUUAAGAAUAGCCUUGUAUGUUGUGUCUGUCUUGCUGGGCCAAUCAGCUGCAACGCUCUUGGGAAGACUGUAUUACCAAGAAGGUGGAAACAGCAAAUGGUUGGCAACUCUUGUGCAGCUUGUGGGUUUCCCUAUUCUCCUCCCAUUGUACUCUAUCCCUGCAUCCAAACAAACCUCUGCAACAAAUACCGUUAUUCACAAUCAUGAACAGCCCUCUGUUUCAAAGCUGGCUCUUGUUUAUGUCUCCCUUGGCCUUCUUGUUGCCUUAGACUGUUACUUAUACUCUGUUGGUCUCUCUUACCUUUCUGUUUCUACGUUUUCUCUUAUUUGCUCUUCACAGUUAGCCUUCAAUGCCUUCUUCUCCUUCUUUCUUAAUUCACUCAAAUUCACGCCUUACAUCAUAAACUCUUUAGUCAUUUUAACAAUCUCCUCCAUCCUCCUCGUGUUCCAAGCUGAUUCUUCUUCAGGAUCUACCCAAGUUUCAAAACAGAAGUAUAUGAUCGGGUUCAUAUGCACAGUUGCUGCUUCAGCUGGGUAUGGACUAACGCUCUCUCUGACACAGCUUGCAUUCAAGAAAGUGUUCAAAAAGGUAAGUUUCAAGGUGAUUCUGGACUUGAUAAUAUACCAAUCAAUAGUGGCGACAUUGGCAACAAUAGUGGGGCUGUUUGCUAGUGGGGAAUUUAGAGGUUUGAAGGCAGAAAUGAAGGAGUAUAGAAUGGGCAAGGCAAGUUAUGUGCUGAAUUUGAGCUUUACCGCUAUAACAUGGCAAGUUUUUAGUGUGGGAUGUGUGGGUUUGAUCCUGGAGGUGUCUUCUUUGUUCUCAAAUGUGAUAAGUGUUUUGGGUUUACCAAUUGUGCCAAUUCUAGCCAUAGCAUUCUUCCAUGACAAGAUGAAUGGGUUGAAGGUAAUAUCUCUGUUACUUGCUCUUUGGGGCUUUUUGUCAUACACCUACCCGCAGUACUUGGAUGAGACCAAUUCCAAGACACAGCACAGAAACAAUGAUGCUUUAUCCAGAGACUCACUUAAUGGAGUAUCUGAGUAAGUAGAAGACAGGUCACUAUGACGCUGGGAGUCCAAGAAAUUCUCUCAAUAGACACAGCUAUAUAGAAGCUGCAUGUAGUUGAAUUCUGUUCUCAUUGGUUUGAUGUCUGUAAAUCAAGUUUAUCUAAAAAUAUCUACAAAUUCUCAAUGUUAUGAUGCUAACUUACAGAUAUAGAAAUUAUUAAGUCUCACAGAAGAGGUCA